AUGGCAUUUGAGUUGUAUGGCAUACUGGCUGGGAGUGUUAGUCAACUUACGGGUGAGCCUGUAAAGCCUGCAUAUGGUGGUGACAAUGAGGCUUUUCUGAUGAAAGUAGUAAAACCAAUAUAUGAUACAGGAAGCUUUGAGGAGUAAUACAGGAAAAGCAAAGCAUUCUCAGUGGAGAAAUUAUGAUGAUUUGAAUGAAUAUUUUUGGUCAAUUGAUUGUUUCCGGCUAGGCUGGCCAAUGCGGAUUGACUCUGAAUUCUUCUAUGUAUCUCCACUCCCUGAGAAACGCUCAGCUAACAAAGAUGAGGAAACUGGAAAUAUUGCCAGAGGUCGAUGGAUUGGGAAAACUAAUUUUGUUGAAAUACGCUCAUAUUGGCAUGUGUUUAGAAGUUUUGAUAGAAUGUGGAGCUUUUAUAUACUCUGUUUACAGGCAAUGAUAAUCAUCGCUUGGAAUGGCUCGGGUGAUUUAAGCUCCAUAUUUGAUGGUGAAGUUUUCAAGAAAAUUCUCAGCAUCUUUAUAACUGCUGCAAUAUUGAAACUUGCUCAAGCGAUUCUUGAUGUAGUCCUGAGUUGGAAAGCAAGGAAAGUCAUGUCACUUCAUGUCAAGCUGCGAUAUAUAUGUAAAGUUAUUUCAGCUGCUGCAUGGGUAGUAGUUUUGCCAGUCACUUAUGCUUUUAGUUGGAAAAAUCCAUCUGGUUUUGCACAGACCAUCAAGAAUUGGUUUGGCAAUGGUUCAGGAUCGCCUUCAUUGUUCAUUUUGGCUAUCUUCCUUUAUUUAUCUCCAAAUAUUCUCUCUGCACUGUUAUUCGUGUUCCCAUUCAUUCGCCGUUAUUUGGAGAGGUCUAACAAUGGCAUUGUGAAACUCAUGAUGUGGUGGUCCCAGCCUCGGUUAUUUGUUGGAAGAGGAAUGCAAGAGGGACCAAUUCAACUCAUGAAGUACACUAUAUUUUGGAUUCUCCUUAUUCUAUCUAAACUAGCAUUUAGUUACUACAUGGAGAUUAAGCCUCUUGUGGGUCCAACAAAGGUCAUCAUGCAGGCCCACGUAUCACUUUAUAAGUGGCAUGAGUUCUUCCCCCAUGCCAAAAGCAAUAUUGGUGUAGUGAUUGCUAUAUGGUCUCCGAUCAUUCUUGUCUACUUUAUGGAUACAUGGAUGUACCAUCCAACCUGGAUGCUAGGAGGCGUAUAUCUUUCUUCUCUAAUUCAUUGUUUAUGGAUAUGCCACCUGCUCCCAAAGUUCGGAAUAUGCUGUCCUUCUCUGUCUUGACACCAUACUAUGAUGAAGCUGUUCUUUUUUCCAUAGACGAGCUAGAAGAGCCAAAUGAAGAUGGAGUGUCUAUCCUAUUUUACUUGCAAAAGAUAUUUCCAGAUGAAUGGAAAAACUUUCUUGAACGAGUUGAAUGUAAGAGUGAAGAACAAGUCAGAGGAGAGUUAGAAGAAGAACUCCGUUUAUGGGCAUCAUAUAGAGGCCAAACAUUGACCAAAACUGUCCGAGGGAUGAUGUAUAUCCGACAAGCUUUGGAGCUACAGGCUUUUCUUGAUAUGGCAAAAGAUGACGAUCUCAUGAAAGGUUACAAGGCAGCUGAACUAGAGAGUAAGGAAAAUCCACACACUGAGCGAUCGUUGUGGACUCAAUGUCAAUCAUUAGCUGACAUGAAGUUCGCAUAUGUGGUUUCAUGUCAACAAUAUGGUAUUCACAAGCGAUCUGGUGAUCCUAGGGCAAAAGAAAUUUUAAAGCUCAUGACCAAGUACCCAUCUCUUAGAAUUGCUUAUGUUGAUGAGGUUGAAGAGCCUAGCAAAGAUAAAACCAAAAAGAAUGAAAAGGUUUAUUAUUCAGCUCUUGUGAAAGCUGCUUUACCAGCAAAGUCAAUUGGUUCGUCUGAAACAGUUCAAAGUUUAGAUCAGGUAAUCUACAAAAUAAAGCUUCCAGGACCUGCUAUAUUGGGUGAGGGGAAACCAGAGAAUCAGAACCAUGCCAUCAUUUUCACACGUGGGGAAGGCUUGCAAACAAUAGACAUGAAUCAGGAUAAUUAUAUGGAAGAAGCUUUCAAAAUGAGGAAUUUGUUGCAAGAAUUUCUCAAAAACCAUGGUGUGAGACAGCCAACAAUACUUGGGCUUAGGGAACAUAUAUUUACUGGCAGUGUUUCAUCCCUUGCUUGGUUUAUGUCCAAUCAGGAGAAUAGUUUUGUGACAAUUGGGCAAAGAUUGCUGGCAAACCCCCUGAAGGUACGGUUCCAUUAUGGCCAUCCAGAUGUAUUUGAUAGACUUUUCCACCUGACAAGAGGGGGCAUAAGCAAGGCCUCCAAGGUCAUAAACUUGAGCGAAGAUAUAUUUGCAGGUUUCAAUUCUACAUUGCGUGAAGGCAACGUCACUCAUCAUGAGUACAUACAAGUUGGUAAAGGAAGAGACGUGGGUCUCAACCAGAUAUCAAUGUUUGAGGCAAAGAUAGCUAAUGGGAAUGGGGAGCAGACAAUGAGUAGGGACAUAUAUAGGCUUGGGCACCGCUUUGAUUUCUUCCGAAUGUUAUCUUGUUAUUUCACCACUAUUGGCUUCUAUUUCAGUACCCUGGUUACUGUCCUCACCGUUUAUGUUUUCCUUUAUGGCCGCCUCUAUCUUGCCCUUAGUGGACUUGAAGAAGGGCUGAACAAUAAAAGAAUCAUUCGAGAUAACAGAGCCCUUCAAGCAGCUCUUACUUCACAAUCUGUUGUGCAAAUUGGAUUUUUGUUGGCCUUACCUAUGGUGAUGGAAAUUGGUUUGGAGAGGGGCUUUCGUCAAGCAUUAAGUGAAUUUGUACUCAUGCAAAUUCAGUUGGCUCCUGUAUUUUUCACAUUUUCACUUGGAACAAAAACACACUAUUAUGGAAGGACAUUGCUUCAUGGAGGUGCACAGUACCGAGGCACUGGUCGUGGUUUUGUGGUGUUUCAUGCUAAGUUUGCUGAUAACUAUAGACUCUAUUCCCGCAGCCAUUUUGUUAAAGGGAUUGAGUUGAUGAUUCUGCUUGUGGUGUACCAUAUAUUUGGCAAGUCUUACAGAGGCACAGUGACCUAUGUUUUAAUUACCCUAACCAUAUGGUUCAUGGUAGCGACAUGGCUUUUUGCUCCCUUCCUUUUCAACCCCUCAGGCUUUGAGUGGCAAAAGAUAAUUGAUGAUUGGACUGAUUGGCAUAAAUGGAUAAGCAACCGUGGAGGUAUUGGUGUACCUCCUGAGAAAAGUUGGGAAUCCUGGUGGGAAAAGGAACAUGAGCAUCUCCACCACUCUGGAAUGCGUGGUAUUAUUACCGAGAUUAUACUAUCUCUUCGCUUUUUCCUAUAUCAAUACGGGCUUGUAUAUCACCUCUCAAUCACUAACACGACUCAAAGUGUUCUGGUUUACGGUUUGUCAUGGUUGAUAAUCUUUGUAAUCUUGGGUCUAAUGAAGGGUGUAUCUGUUGGCAGGCGCCGCCUCAGCGCAGACUUCCAGCUUUUGUUUCGGUUGAUUAAGGGCUCCAUUUUCUUAACAUUCCUUGCCACCUUCAUAAUAUUGAUAGCAGUGGCAAAAAUGACAAUCAAGGACAUAGUAGUCUGCAUUCUAGCUGUAAUGCCAACAGGCUGGGGAUUGCUGCUGAUAGCACAAGCUUGUAAGCCAGCCAUUCAACAUGCUGCUUUUUGGGGUUCUGUCCGGGCGCUUGCUCGUGGAUAUGAAAUAAUAAUGGGUUUGCUUCUCUUCACACCAGUUGCUUUCUUGGCAUGGUUCCCAUUUGUUUCAGAGUUUCAAACAAGAAUGCUCUUCAACCAAGCCUUCAGUCGAGGUCUACAGAUUUCGCGUAUUCUUGGUAGACAAAGAAGGGAUCGGGCUGCCAACAACAAAGAGUGAUUAUAGUUGUACAGAGUUUAAUUUUUAUCAAUAUCAUUGUAAAAAUAUUUACAUAAAUCAAUCACAUGUUAUAUGGUUGUUAUAUGAUUGGUAGGGUAUGACUUCAAAGAUAAGUAUUCUAAUGUGAGAAUAGCUAAGUAUAUGAUUUAGAUAGAUGUCUUACAAUGAUAAGCAUUCAUAGAAAUAGAACAUAUGUACACUUGUAUCCUCACUUGUAGUUUUGUAAAUGUUGUGUUACAACAAAUUCCCAAAACUGUUUUAUUAUGUAUUACAUGUUAUUGAAUUUAUAUAUGCAAAA